ACGCUGAACGAUUGUGGAUGAGUUAGGCAUUGAGAUUAGUGACAAAAGCACGCACAAACAAAACUAACGGAUGUAAACCCUCAGUGAAUGUUUCUGAGGUGAGUGUUCAUUAAUCAUUUAGUAAAUAUAACUUCCCAAAAUUUGAUAGUCGGCAGCAAUGUAUUUUUGAUGCUAAUGUUUCAGUGCCAUUGACCGCGAUAUGCAGACUGACCGCGAUUAUUCAAUUAUACGCUGCCAGCCUCAUCAAGUCAAAAUGGAUUGGAUGUCUAUUGCCAUCAGUGGCACUGAAACAUGAUUACUUUAUACCAGCCAUUCCACUUAAAAUGACAUUUCUCACUGUCAGUUAAAUGCAUAGGUUGGGUUAAAUUAGGCUGUCAAGACUAGGGUUGAGCAUUGUUUGAAAUUCAAUGAUUGCGGUUCAACGUUUCGAUUCCGGUUCCGAAUAAUUCCGAUUCUUUUAAGACGCAGGGUAAAAUAAAAAAGGCAGUCUCAAAAAAAAAUGCAUAAUUUAUAUUAAUGUCUUCUCGAUCCAUCCAUCAUCUUCCGCUUGCUCCGGGGUCAGGUCGCGGGGGCAGCAGCUUUAACAAGGAAGCCCAGACUUCCCCCUCCCCAGCCAAUUCAACCAGCUCCUCCGGCGGGAUCCCAAGGCGUUCCCAGGCCAGUCGAGAGACAUAGUUUCUUCAGCGUGUCCUGCGUCGUCCCCGGGGCCUCCCGCCGGUGGGACAUGCCCGGAACACCUCUCCGGGGAGGCGUCCAGGAGGCAUCCAAACCAGAUGCCCGAGCCACCUCAGUAGGAGUAGCGGCUCAACGCAGAGUCCCUCCCGGAUGACCGAGCUUCUCACCCUACCUCUAAGGGACAGUCCGGACACCCUGUGGAGGAAACUCAGUUCGGCCGCUUGUAUCCGGGAUUUUGUUCUUUCGGUCACGACCCACAGCUCGUGACCAUAGCCAGAAGAAAGCUGGUAACGACGAGCUCAUUGGGCCGACUUGCAGAAAAAAACGAGUGGUGACAAAUCUGUGGAAGAGAUGUGGGAGGGGGAAGAAGGUGUGAAGGAGGAGGAUGUGAGGACAUUAGCGCAAGGAGCCUCCAAAGUCCCGCCCACGGAAAUGACCGACCACAGAAAUUCACAGGAAAAGUCAGUCGACGCGAUGGAUGGGGCGAACGACGAAGAGGAGGAAGAAGAGGAAGAGGAUGCAAAUGAUUUGCAGGCACAGCGACAAAUAGCCCAGCAGCGGACCGACCUUCCCCUCAGAGUCACUGGAAGAAGCCAUUCCCACUCUUCCCCACCUCAGGAGCACGAACAGGACGCUGAUACCGACCCUGACUUUGACCCCUUAAUGGAAGGCGAUCUGCACGGAGAUUCCUUUCCCUGUCAGCACUGUGAACGGCACUUCUCCACCAGGCAGGGUCUGGAACGUCAUGUGCACAUUCACGGCGUCACGGACCAGCAAGCGCAACUGUUCAAGUGCCGAUACUGUAGCAAGUCCUUUGGCUCGCAGGUGGGUCGGCGUCGCCACGAGAGGAGGCACGAGAGCGGAUUCAAGAAAAAGCCCAACUCCCUGGCUGGAACCGCUCAUCUGCUCCCUUUGGUGCAGACUGAUGUUUCCAGUCCCGACUGUGCCAGCCCUACAGGUCACUACAGUACCACGGGCCCGCAGCUCACCGGAGUACCUGCACACCACUCUGAAACUGCAAGGAGGGAGUCGGGGCCUCAUGCGGAUCCUCCCUACAUUUUGGAUGAAAAUGGGGCAUCCAAAGAACUCCAUCCUUGCAAGUACUGUAACAAAGCUUUCGGCACACACACCAAUAUGCGACGCCACCAGCGCAGAAUACAUGAAAGACACUUGCUUCCGAAGGGCGUUCGCCGGAAAGGCACGCUCUUGCCAGAGGUGUCGGCACAGCCGAGAUCUGAGGCAUCGCCGAAUACCGGUCCCGCCCUCGUGUACAUGCCCAGCGCCGACACGGAAGAUGAGGCAGACCGGGACGAUUAUGCAGUGGACAUAUCCAAAAACAUAUCUGAGAAUUUGAGUUUUUACAUCGAUGGAAAGAUAGUGUCUAGCAGUACGGUGAGCAGCUGCGAGGUCAUCGAGGUUGACACUCGAUCGGCUGCGCUUUUUGGUCUUGAUGCGGUCAUCAUCAGCCCCAACCAGCUCAGUCAGGUGCUAAAGGUGGAGACUCGAACCAGCACCGCCAAGCAAGCGUCCGAAUUCUGUCCCCCGUCAUCCAAAAGAAGAACGUCGACCCCUCCUCUCCUUCCUGGCCUCAAGGUAGAGACUGAAACGGGCUCGUUCACUGCGUCUUCAUCGUCCACGGCAUCGUCCUCACCCAACUUGGUUGUGGGCGGACUAAUCCAGCAAACGGCGGAUCCGUCAGUAUUUCCGCGGGAGAAAACUGUUUAUCUAUCGCCGAAACUCAAGCAGCUUCUCCAAACGCAAGACGUUCAAAAGUCCAUCACGCUCAUAACUGAAAACCACCGGUUGGCGUCCCCGCUUUCCGUCACGCCGUUGCAAGGCCCCGCUGGCAGGUUCAAAAGACGAACUGCUUCACCUCCGUUAUCGCUGCAGCUCAGUCCGGCGUAUAGAGGGGAGGGCUGCAAGCUCGAGACGGUGAACUCGUACACCCUCAAGGUGCCGAAGCUAGAGAACCUCAGUGUCUCCCCUCUUGGAAACACUAUGGAUAAGAAUGACACUGCAACCCUGAGCCCAUGUGGAAGUAACUUUGGCCAAACCACCUCUGGCAGCGGAGGCAAUGCGUGCAAUCAACAACCCUUGGACCUGUCAAACACUGUCAAUAGAAGAAGCAACACCAACACGGUUCUUGCCGACUCCGCCCUUGAUUUAAGCCUGCAUCGGAAGAGUUGCAUUGAUACUGACUUCAAGGGAAUUGCAGCGCCACACCUGCAAGUCAAAAAGAGAAAGCCGAACACCAGCAUGCUUGAAAAGGUGCUGAUGAAUGAGUAUGUGGGUUUGCCUCUGCCGACAGACGAGGGACCCUCGCCUCUCGCUAACCUCAGCUUUCAACCGCAGUCCCCCAAUGUCGACUCAGCUCACCCCUCUCCUCCCUCAUUGACUCCCGUCACCAUGAACCCCUCGUCACCCGGCACCUCCAGCGUGACAUCGACAACGCCGCCUCCCCCUGUACUACCCACCAUGCCCUCGCCGCAACCCACGGCAAACUCUCCUCUCUCCCAGCCCUUGGAAUCGUCAGCGCAGCGUCCUCUUCCUGUCCUAUCGCCAAAGAUGUCGCCGAAGUCGCCGCAACUCCCGCCCGAAGAGGCAGAGAGCUUAUUCACCGGUGACGACAAAAGCGAGGAAGAGCAGCAUCACACUCAAACACUGGACUCCCUGAACACUCCACUUCAAGACCCCCUUGAUCAUCCCACACCUCUUGAGCCUACUUCAGUCGGCGUGUCCGCUACAAAUAACAUUUCUCUGACUGAAGAAAGCAGCAACCUGCUGAAUGGUGAAACUGACAGUGACCUCAACUCAGGAAUUCCAAAGUCUGAAAACUCCGACUUGGCUGCACUCUCGCCCCGGCCAGAGUCUUUACCGAAAUCUCCGUCUUCUCUUGCGUCGCCUGAACCGGCCCCGUCACUGCUUUCGGAUGGCCUUCCUCAAACAAACGUAAAAGUGGAGCCUGAGAAUUGCACCGAUACUCUCUCUGUCGCCAACCACGUGCCUCGGGAUGAUGUGAGUGCGGACCCUUCACCUCAGCCUCUCGAAAAGAAACCCAAUAAUUCACCCUCAGCUGAGAAAAUAGACUCAACCUAUGGAAAGUCAUUUGUUUGCAAUGUCUGCGAGGGCCCGUUCAUCUCAAUGAAAGAGCUCAGCGGGCACAUUGCCGAGCACGCGGUCGAUUGGCCCUUCAAGUGCGAGUUCUGCCUGCAGUUGUUUGGCGACGCAGACUCCCUGUUGGCUCACCGGACCACGCUGCACGGGGUGGGCACCAUCUUCGUGUGCUCUGUUUGUUCCAAGGAGUUUGCCUUUCUCUGCAAUCUGCAACAGCACCAAAAAGAUUUGCAUCCAAAUGAUGCCUGCACACAUACCUCCGUGGAGAGCGGGAAACUGAGGCCGCAAAACUACACCGACCCAUUCAGAGCCAAAGAAGAAAUCAGUGCCGCUGCACCAGCACAUGGAACUAAUGAGGAAGCGAUGGAACAAAAUAACGCCACGCCCGCAAAGGAAGAGCCCGACGUUAAUGGAAACCACGCAGAGGAUGGAACUGAGGACCCCAAUGAAGAGCUCUACACUACAAUAAAAAUCAUGGCCUCUGAGGGCGGAAAGUCCAAAGGUCCCGAUGUCCGACUUGGUCAGAAUCAGCAUUACCCCAGUUACAAACCGCCCCCCUUUCCAUAUCACAGCCGUUCCCACGCCAACUCUGUGGCCUCCGCGACCAACUUCACCACACAUAACAUACCGCAGACGUUCACCACCGCCAUCCGCUGCACCAAGUGCGGCAACAGCUUCGACAACAUGCCAGAGUUGCACCAGCACAUUUUGGCCUGCGCAAACGCCAGCGACAAAAAGCGCUACACUCCCAAAAAGAACCCCAUCCCCCUCAAGCAAAUAGUCAAGUCUCCCAACGGUGUCGCGUCACCCUCGGGAGGCCAGAGUGCCUUCCGAAGAAUGGGCCAGCCAAAGAGACUUAAUUUUAACCAGGAUGUGGGUAAAACAAAAAUGAGUGCCCUCAGUAAGAAGAAAAACCAGCUGGUCCAGAAGGCUAUCUCACAAAAGAACAAAGCCGCCACUUCGGCAAAGAAGGCCGCUGUUAAAGUUGAAGAAGAGCAAAGUAACGUCUGUCCUCACUGCAGUAGGGAGUUUACCUAUCAGGCCAGUCUCGGCAAGCACAUGGCAUUCAGCUGCCCCAUGAAGCCUGCCUUGAAAAAAGGCAAGAAAAAUCUCGAGAGCAGGAAAAAAGAAGCAGUGGAUAAAAAUGCCAAGAAGAAAGACGGCGAAGCAGCACAAACUGAGCCCGAAGUGAAACGGCCAGGCAAGACUCGUGCUCGUAGCUCCGGUGCAGUAGAACUUCCUGAACCCCCGCGGACGACAAAAGGCAAAAGUGUGCAAAAGAGGCCCGCUUCAUUCCCAUUGGCGACCCCCGCCGCUGGCAAAAAAGCCAAGAAAGGCUCUGCUCAGCCAUCACCCCCUGACCUUCCCGAAGAUGACGUGGCACAAAAGCAGCCUGUGAGGUUGCAACGUAUGGGCAGAGAGGCACCCAAGAAGUUAGCAGAACCCAAGUCGUCGUCUCCACCUAAGAAAGAAGAGCGCUUCUCCCUCCGAACGAGGGAGCGGCUCAGCGGUCCGGUCACCAGGAGCUCGCAGUUGGCACCCCUUGCAGCGGAGGCCAAAUCUGAGGAAGCACCAAUGUCUGAGCUUAAAGAUGCUCCGGAGGUGCUAAUGAAGUAAGCCCUAUUGACCUCAUUGGGUUCCUGCGACAUGGGAUCGACUGCCUUGUGGACUGUUUUCUCUUUCUUCCACUUGUCAUACGAACUAAUCUGAGCCUCCAGUUUGUGUUUAGCCAGCCUUGCAAAAAAAAAAAGAAACACACUGUAAAUGGCAGUGGGGUAAUAUAUAUAUAUAUAUUUGAAUAUAUGUAAAAUAUGCGUCAUUACUUGACCCAAAACAGUAACAUUAGGGCUCUGUCAAAGCUGAUCUUUUGCAAAUGGCAAUCAUGCAUCAGUUAGGGAAACUCGCUUAUUCCUUGGUUGGGUUCUUUUAGGUUGAUUUGGGCAGUUUUCUUUCCUAAAGAGUUUCCUAAUGCAUGUGUUGAAAGUUAGAAUAUAAUCUAGACAAUGUCAAAAGUUCCAAGUUUCUUCCAGCGGCCGCCGGCUUCAGUUCAUAUUUUUAAUUUCUUUUGCAAACUUAUAUAUGUUGGGUUGCAACUGUAGUGGUCUUAUUGUAGAACUUGUUCUAUUGGCUUAUCAUUUGUGUGUGUGGGGGGGGGAAUGAAACGUGGCAGUUGACUGCAACAAUUGGUCCUCAGGAAUUCUGUGUGUGCGCGUGUGUUCAGAUGGACAACUCUUAAUUCCUCCAGUCUGGAUUUUGAUGACAUCUCAUCUUUUUACUUGUUUUUUUAUCUGACGCUAGCAGGUGAUUCCAGUGGUCAUGGUUAUGUGGCCCACUCGCUGAGUCAUCAUGCAACGAUAAUGAUCUUAUUGAUCCUUGACAAAAAAGCAUUUAACAUCACUCGCACGUCCCUGCAGCACUUUAGAAUGGACUGCCAAAUUGUGGAAAAGAUUGGCCUCAUGAAUUGAUGAACAAUGGAAUGUAUUCAUCACUUUUGUCAUGUUAUAAUUGCAUGAUUGAAACAUUUUUCGACAAAUGUAACAGUAUCUGUUGUUCCAACAUUCUUUGUGUGUUUUUUUUUGUUUGUUUUUCAAUGUAAUUUUUGCUCGAGAGCCAUGCCAACACAAUGUAACAAAAAUGAAUGCCGGUGUCCCUCCAAACAAGUUUUUAUAAAUACUUCCCCUUGUGAAUCGAGCACAGACGCUGCUCGAAACACUUGUAGCAUGUACCUGGGAAAGUAAAUUGAACGCUAUGAAUGAAAGCUAAUUUAUAUUUCCACAAUGAAUCGCAAGUGUUUUGCCUUGGAGCGUCCAUGGAAAAAUUGUUUUAUGGAUGAACAAACAUUAUGAAUGACCUCAAGUAAAAUGUAUAAUUUGCCCAAGAAAUGUGCUUUAUUUCCUACAGGGAUUGUUAUUUUUUUGGCAUUCGUAAAAGAAAACAGCUUUCAUGGGUUGCACUAGUAGAAACUGCUGAAAAGUGUGUUGGAGAUGUUUUUUCAAUACAUAAAAUUAUGGUCAAAGUUUUUCCGUACAAAAUGUUUUGACACUGACCAUCAUUAUAUAAUUAGCAUAAGUUGGGGUGACCAAACAUCCUAUUUUGCCAGGACACGUCCACUUUUUACAUCCUGUCAGUGGCAUCUGUGGGGUUUUUUUUAAAUUCAGGAAAAUGUCCGGUUUUUAUUAUUUUUCACGGGACCAAUUGGCGUGUGUUGAAAUUGCCUAAUACUUUACACAGAAUACUAUGGUACUGUGCUACCUGUGAUGUGCUCCCAGAGAGCCUGUCCAGUUGUUAAGACAGUUGUUAAGAGUUUUAUUAAGAUCAAUAGGUAUGUAACAAAAUGCUCAUGUACCCAAAAGAGAGAAAAUAUGUGCUACUUCGCAUACCAAUUUGCUUAGCGUGGGCAGUCACAGACUGGCUUUAUCGUGGCGUCAUUCCUCAACCAACCUUCUCAUGCCAGGAGCUCACGGGCUAUCAUUGUGUACACUUGCUAAAUUUACCUUUCAACAACUGUUGACUUUUGUUGGCGCUUUUUACAGGUGUGAUCUGUAAAAUCCUGUUUUGUGUCGCAUCAUUGCGUUGCCGAUGAUUGUGAAUUUUAGAGCAAUGUUGGAUUUUUGCCUCGGCUAUAGGUGCUUGCUAAUAAGCUAGUUGUCAGUGAGCUAAGCCGUGCUAGGCAUUAUGGGAGAUGUAGUUUUGAACUGCCGCGUUUGGGAACAUGCUGGUUGAAUUGUUUGUCAGUUUAUUUGGGUUAUUGUUUGCGUUCUAGAACAUUGAAUAAGGAUAAUUGAAUGGGAAUACCAAUUUAUCAAUGACAAUUUUAUUGAUAGUACCGUAUUGGCCCGAAUAUAAGACGGUUUUUUUUGCAUUGAAAUAACACUGAAAAAGAGGGAGUCGUCUUAUAUUCGCGAUCUAGACAUAUACCCAUUCACGACGCUAGAUGGCGCCAGAUAUCAGCGAUGUUCUGUCAUGAGUCAUGACAGAUCUCCGCUACUCUCCACAUUCACGACGCGAGAUGGCGCCAGAUAUCAUUGAAGCGAUGUUCUGUCAUGACAGAUGUCAGCUACUCUUUUUAGUUUAACCAGUUUGCAUUAUUUUAUUGCAAUGUUUUUCCUUAUUCAGAUUUGUUUCAAGACUACAGUUACAGUUAGACCUCACUUUGAUGGUUAAUGCAGUUAUUGCAAUUUUGUUUUAGCACAAUAGAUUGGUUUAUUUACAUUUCAAAGACCAGAGGCCAUUCGUUUAUGAAUGUGAUUGCACUUAAAUUUACAUGGUUAAAUGAUCAGAUAUUAAGAUUUGAAUGAGGCAAAAUAGCAUGCUUUUUCUCUCAUAUAUUGUUAUAAUCAUUUGUUUCGGAUGUACUGUAAUUAUUUUCUGUAUAAAAAUUAAUUUGGUGUUCAAAAAGUCAUUUUUCAAUCUUGAGCCUUGAAAAAGGGGGUCAUCUUAUAAUCAGGGCCGUCUUGUAUUCGGGUCAAUACGGUAAUUUCCAAAAAUGUUGUCAGCCUACUACUUGACUGGACUACCAUGGGUCUGCAUUAUACUCAUAAAAUAUUUAGCUAUUAGUUUUUGAACAACUUCUGUGUAAUGAUGAUGUUGCUGACUAAUUAUAUGGAGUUAGAUUUCUGUCUUUAUUAUUGAAAAAAUAAUAAUCUGAGAAGUAUAAUUAAAACAGAAUUUUCCGAUCCAGACAGUGGAGGCACACUUUUAAAUACAUAAAAGUGAUAAGGCAUCGUUGAGUGAACUUCGAGUAAAAUUUAGGAAUCUCGAGGCCGAGCAGUGUCCUCUUUUUUUGGAAAUGAAAAUAUGGUCACCCUAGCAUAAGUAGCAUUUUUAGCAUUAGCAUAGUUGUAGUUCUUCAAUAUUGACAACGUUAAAGUUGUCCUUGCAAAGGCCUUCUCUAUUAAAAAAAAGACAUUAAGCAUGUUUUCUGUUGUUGCUAUUAGAUAAAUUACUGUACUGAAUUGCUGAAAAGUCCAAAGGUAAUGGUAAAAAAAAAAAAAAAAACAUGUGCCAUUGAAGUAGUGGUGUUGCUAUGUUACGGUCAGAAGA